UCACAGGCAUUUUGAACUACAGCAAGUGUCGACUGCUCAAUCCUCUUCUGCUGCAGCAUGCGUGAGAUUGUCCACCUGCAGAUAGGCCAAUGCGGGAACCAAAUUGGAGCAAAGUUCUGGGAGGUGAUCUGUGACGAGCACGGUAUUGACAAUGGUGGAAAUUACAAGGGAGACUCUGACCUGCAGCUGGAGCGGAUCAACGUCUACUUCAAUGAGGCUCACUGUAAGUUUUUAGCAGCACAUGAUACAUCCCAUAAGUAUGUCCCUCGAGCUGUGAUUGUGGAUCUAGAACCCGGAACGAUGGACAGUUUGCGCUCCAGUGUCAUCGGACCUCUGUUUCGUCCCGACAGUUUCAUUCAUGGCAAUUCCGGAGCUGGCAACAACUGGGCUAAAGGCCACUACACUGAGGGAGCAGAACUGAUAGAAUCAGUAAUGGAUGUGGUGAGAACCGAGAGUGAAAGCUGUGAUUGUCUUCAGGGUUUUCAGCUGGUGCACUCUCUCGGUGGAGGAACAGGAUCCGGAAUGGGUACCCUUCUCAUGAACAAGAUUCGGGAAGAAUAUCCGGAUAGGAUAAUGAACACCUUCAGUAUAAUGCCUUCUCCCAAGGUCUCAGACACAGUGGUGGAACCAUACAAUGCCAUCUUGUCUAUUCACCAACUGAUUGAGAACACAGACGAAACCUUCUGCAUUGACAACGAAGCUUUGUAUGACAUCUGUUUCCGCACCCUAAAAAUGACCAACCCAACUUAUGGAGACCUUAACCAUCUGGUUUCCAUGACCAUGAGCGGGGUGACCACUUCGCUACGAUUCCCCGGGCAGCUAAACGCAGAUCUGAGAAAGCUAGCGGUGAACAUGGUGCCUUUUCCCCGUCUUCAUUUCUUCAUGACUGGAUUUGCCCCUCUGACAUCUCGCAAGAGCCAGCAAUACAGGGCUCUGUCAGUGCCCGAGCUCACCCAGCAGAUGUUUGACUCCAGAAACAUGAUGACUGCCUGUGACCCUUACCAUGGCCGUUAUUUAACCGUGGCUGGCAUCUUCCGAGGACGCAUGUCCACCAAAGAAGUGGAUGAGCAGAUGUUGGCUGUGCAGUCCAAAAAUAGUGCAUAUUUCGUGGAGUGGAUCCCAAACAACGUCAAGGUUGCAGUUUGUGAUAUCCCACCCCGUGGCCUUAAGAUGGCCUCAACUUUCAUUGGAAACAACACCGCCAUCCAAGAGAUAUUCAGACGCAUCGCCGAGCAGUUCUCAGCCAUGUACCGCAGGAAAGCUUUCCUCCACUGGUACACUGGCGAGGGGAUGGAUGAAAUGGAGUUCACCGAAGCAGAAUGCAAUACCAAUGAUUUGAUUGCUGAAUACCAACAGUACCAGGAGGCCACAGCAGAUGUGGAUGACUUUGAUGAAGAAGAAGAAGUGGAGGAAGUAGUACACGUGACAGAGACUAUAGAAAGAGUGUACAAGUAGAAGACA